GUGAUCUCCCUCGAAGAUGGCGGGCGCCUCCGACCCUCUGGAAGACAUGCUGUUCUCGGAGGUGGAUGAGAAAGCCGUCAGCGACCUGGUGGGCUCUCUGGAGUCGCAGCUCGGCGGCCGGAGCGACCCGGCGACCGGGGCGGGGUCAUCGGGGUCCGCAACGGCAGCGUCGGUAACGGCGCGCGGAGGCGGCGGCGGCGCGAACCACCGCUUGGCGCGAGCGCUGCCUGCGCGAGCGGGCAGCACAUCCGAGCAGCAACAACAACAACAACAGCAGCAGCAGCAGCAGCAGCGUAAAGCCGGGACCGGACAGGACUCGGACAGCGGCGCCAAACAGGACAGCUCGAGCUCGGAGAGCGGGAGAGCGAGCGCUCCGCGAUCACUUGGAACGAGCGCAAGCAGCAGCAGCAGCCCGACCGGGUCUGUACCCGAGGGGCUCGCGCUAACGGGAACUUCUCCGGUCAGCAGCGGGCCCGGUAACAACAAAGGUGCGAGCUCGCGGGACUACGACACGCGUAAAAAACAGCAGCACGCGACGGUGCGGACGAGGCGCUCCGGAGCGCAGAGCGUGAACGGCGACAGCGCAGCUACCACAGCAACGGCUACAGCGAGCUCUCCGGCCAAGAGCGACAACAACAACACCACCAGCCACCCCGCUGCUGCUGCUGCUCCCGGCUCAGUGACAGCGGCGUCCAGCCGCGCGGUGACGGGAACGACCGCAACGACCACCAUGACAACCACGACGACCACAACGUUCACUGUGAGCGGCACCGGCUCCUCCGCGUCCUCCAUCGCGCUGGACCGGGGGACCCCCACCAUCGCGCUGCACCGACUCCCGAGCCACAUCGUCGCCAGCCUCGCGCAGAACCGCAACGGCACGACGACAGUGUCUGCGCUCGUGCAGCAGGGCGCGCUGGGUCCCGCUCCGCCGCCGCCGCCGACGCCGCCGCCGCCACCGCCGCCGCCGCAGGUGAACCACAGCAAAAGCGCCGCCGAAGCGGCGAAACCGAGCGGUCCCAAAGCAGCUGCACCCGCUGCCACAGCCGCGCCGAGCCAGAACUCAGUACCGUUACCCAGCGCUCCGGCGCCCGUUACCACCACCUCGAGCGCGGCCGUUACCAGCUCGCCCGGUCCCGUGGCCGUAACCACCGUCGCCACCGUCACCGUGACCACAGCGGUCACCACAGCGGCCACGGUGAGGCUCGCGCCCCCCGCUAACGUCGCGCCGCCGCAGCCUCCCCAGGUUCGAACCGCGCUCGCGGCACCGCAGCGGAUCGUAGCCCCGCAGCUGAUCGUCAGAGCUCCGCAGCAACAGGCGACCAUUCAGCUGCCUCCCGGUUUCACCAUCCCGCCCGGGAUGGUUUUGGUGCGGACGGAGCUCGGGCAGCUGGUGAUGGUUCCCCAGCAGGCGCUGGCUCAGGCUCAGGCUCAAGCUCAAGCUCAGGCUCAGGCUCAAGCGCAAGUUCAAGCUCAGGCCCAGAGUAACCUGUCCCCCCGGCCUGCGACCCCAACCACCGGAGCCACCUUCAGAGUCACCACUCCCCAGUCUCCUGUCUCCUCUCAGGCCUCUCGGGCUGGUCCCGCGCUCCAGUCAAAAGUGGUUCAGUCCCCCACCCCGAGUCCUGCUCCUCAGACCUCGACUGCUGCUUCUGCUGCCCUCACUAGGGCGCCGUUGGCGGCAACGGCCGUGGCGGUGACGGCUCCCCAGCAGGUCCCCGCAGCACUGGGCCCCCAGGGGCCCCACGGUCAGCCCACGCUGGCCCCUCCCAGCGCAGCCGGCCCCGCCCCUGGAGCUCCUGUCAUCUCCCAGGAAAUGCAGGAGAACGUGAAAAAGUGCAAGAACUUUUUGGCAACACUAAUCAAACUGGCAUCCCAUAAUUCCCCCUCCCCGGAGACGUCCCGGAACGUGAAGGCGCUGGUGCAGGACCUGCUGGAUGCCAAAAUUGAACCGGAGGAAUUCACCAACCGGCUACAGUCUGAGCUAAAGUCGUCACCCCAGCCUUACCUGGUCCCUUUCCUCAAGAAAAGUCUGCCGGCGUUGCGGCUGUCCCUGUUGAACAGCCAGCAGUCCCUCACGCAGCCUUUACAGCCCGCCAAGACCGGCAUCACCCCAACUGGAGCUGUCGCCGGGGCUGUUGCCACUGGUAACGCUGUACGGCAACCCAACAGCACCACUGUGCUGCCACAAGGUGUUAAGAGGGUAGGAGGUGUAGCAGGGCAAGGGCAGGUCCGGAUGCCUGUUGUCAUCACACAAACGGUGCGGCCAGCAGGUGCUGUAGGGAAAUGUCCAGUUGUGCAGACGAGUAAAAGCCCCACAGCGCUUCCCGUCCAGCUCUCAGGGACCCCGAAGAACAAACUCAACGACCCCGGGGGAGGCUCCUUCAGGGACGAUGAUGACAUCAAUGAUGUGGCGUCUAUGGCCGGGGUCAACCUGAAUGAGGAGAGCGCCCGUAUCUUAGCAACCAACUCGGAGCUGGUGGGCACGCAGAUCCGCUCAUGUAAAGACGAGGCCUUUCUGCCCACAGGCCUGCUGCACCGCCGCAUCCUGGAGACGGCUAAGAAGUACGGGGUGACCGAGGUGCCUCUGGAGGCGGUAAACUUCAUCUCUCACGCAACGCAGUCGCGUUUACGGACAGUUCUGGAGAAGGUCACGUCCAUCGCCCAGCACAGGAUGGACUCCAACAAGGAUGAGGAGUGGUACGAGCAGUCGUCGGACGUUCGCUCUCAGCUGAAGUUCUUUGAGCAGCUGGAACGGCUGGAGAAACAGAGGAAAGACGAGCAGGAGAGAGAGAUUCUCCUUAAAGCAGCUAAAAGCCGCUCGAGGCAGGAGGACCCAGAGCAGGCUCGUUUGAAGCAGAAGGCAAAAGAGAUGCAGCAGCAGGAACUGGCCCAGAUGAGGCAGAGAGACGCUAACCUGACGGCUCUGGCCGCCAUCGGCCCGCGGAAAAAGCGCAAGGUGGACUCGCCGGGAGCCACGACGUCGGGCACUGAGGUGUCCGGAGGUUCCGCCGGUUCUCCAGCUUCUUCGUCCUCAGUAUCCACGUCCUCACGGCAGUACCCCCGCCAGCGAAUCACACGCGUCAACCUCAGGGACUUCAUCUUUUAUAUGGAGCAGGAACGAGAGACGAACCGAUCGCUCUUACUCUACCGCGCUCUGCUGAAGUAGCUAACGUCAACGAUGCUAACACUAACCGAAAGACAAAAACACAACACACAGAAAACCUACAACACGGAAUCGGUAGCCAACAGCGAACACUCACCGCACCCAGCAAUCUCAAGCUUCCUACAGCACCCUGCAACGUGCCUUCAGUGACCUUUUCUUUUCCGCUCUCAGUGUCUCUGUCGUGAUGUCGAUGUGGCUUUUUAUUACCGAAAAAAAUUUGAAGUGAAAAUGACGAGAAAAAAAUGUUGAUGUAUCUUUUCACUUUUGUUUUCAUUUUUUCUUCUCCUGCAAAAAUGAACUCAUCUUAAAUUCGUCAUUGAACAUUAACUUAAAGGCCAUGUAAAGAGGGGCUGGAGGCAGGUUGUCCUUUCAGCAUUCAUUUUUAAUUUAAUUUUUACAUUUUUUUUUUGGAUACAUUCUGGAUGAAUCUGAGCCCGAUCUUGAUGAUGUCUUUGGUUUCUGGAAUAGCUGUAUAUUUGACUUGUGUAGCGCUUAUAGUGAACGAUCUUUGAGACGAAACGCCUUGAAGUGAUUUGUGUAUAUUGUUUUUACAGAAAUUCUUCUCGAAACGUUUAUGCAGCCCUAAUUUAAUCAGUUAUGUCCAGCCAAUUCUGAAUAAUUCAGAUCCCAACAACAGCAUUUAUAGACUAAAACUCUUCAAAAAGUACGGAGGGUGGGAGGGUAACAGAUAACUGCGAAGCAUUUAUUGAUACCACUUUGAUGUAAAUAGUUUCUUUGAAAAUAAUUUUAAUCAGCAUGUAUGUUUUCCACUGUUAGCAGCAAAAUAAUGUUUAAAACAUUUGUCUGUACGAUCGAAGUAUUCAUUAAUAAUCAAGUGCAUUUCAAUUUAGUUAGUGAUUUUUAAAUUUUUUCCCGUUAUACAUCCAUGAAAAUUGCGCUCUGUUUUUCCAACAAGGACACACAGUGUCACUGAUGUGGAGCACCACUUUUAUUUAUGAAGUGAUUUUAUUGCUAAUGGCGCCCCCCUGUGGAGAAUCUUUAGCCUGCUAAAUGUGAGUGAGUGAGUGAGUGAGUUAGUGAGUGAGUUACAGGCCAGUCCCACGAGGUGCUUCGCAUCUGUAAAAACAGGUCAAGAGUCAGUAAACCAGCAGUGGUCAAGACUAUAGCAAUACACCCCCACGACAAGUUUUAAUAUUUCUUUGUCACCUUUUUAUUGUGAUCUUUGUUCUGUCUGCUAAUUUUGUGGCAUCCAGUCUAAACUAAAAACCGAUACAUGUAGAGGUGGGCAAUAUGACCAUAUUUAACCCCUUUGUUUGUUACUGUGAUAAACAGUUUGCUUUUCUGAGCACGUUGUAGAUAUCAACCCCAGAGAAUUACAAAGAAAGCAGGAUCACUUUUACAUUUGUUAUUUUAAUCAGACUAAACCUGGUUAGUCUUUAAUAUUCAAGAAAUUAUAAAGAAAACUUUCUCAAUUUUAUUAAAACAUUUUGCAAAGCUACACGUCCAGCUUAAAGUAAAAGUGCCUUUUGCAGCUGUACAGUAAUCAUGCUGGGAAAAGAACAAUGAACAACUACAUGUUUCACUACAAACUUUCAGACCCUCCAGGAAAUUGUGACCUCACCAUCGCAGAAGUUCACACAAAUUCAACCCGUCGUCUCGGUAUGUGCCAGAAUUCACAGUUUUGGCCAAUCAGUGCAUUUCAGCUCCAAACGUGAAUCUGUAAGUGAAACUUUAUUUAUCGCUCUUAUUUAUUAUUGUAAAUGUGACAUAAUCAUGACAGUCAACAUGCUACAAACUGUGCUAGCUGAGUUAGCAUUACUCACUGCCCACCUGCUCGGUUAUGUCCUCAUCCUUCUUAUGUAGCUUUUUCAUUCCUGAUUUUUGGUGCCGCCUUGGUUUUUUGGGAGAUCCUCCUGCUGCUGUCCAUCGUUACGUGAUCUACAUAUGAAAGAUCAUCUCUUGAGGCUGAUUUUAGCUUUUUAUUUGAGUUUCCGUUCCACCUUAGUUACACGUUUAGCGCCUGUGAAUGUAACUGCUACAACAUUUAUGGUGGCACAGGAACUUUAGCUUCAUCUAAUCUCUGUCCGCUGUACGAGAGUCGGCUACAAUCAGCAAACCGGGGCUGCAGCGCUUGAGGUGAGGGCCGCUGAUUUAACCCCUAAAUUACUACAGAUGUGCACUUGGAUGUAAUAUUUACAGUUUAUCUGAGUGUUUUUGCACAAGUUUAUAACGUGAACUCAGUAAUCGGCCAAAAACACUACUGGGAAUUCUCCCGACUCGAUUACACACUCCGGCUUUGGCCGCAGCCGAUUGCCUGUCCUCACAUUCGUGUCCUGUGAGCAGUUCCUGCUCAGUGUGCUGUGAUUGACCCUCUUGUAGCUUAUAGAUGCUGGACGUUUUUGCACUGUGUUGAUAGAUACGCACAUUAGCGACUGGGUUCAUAUUAGCAUUGUGCUCUUUAAUCCAUUUCCACAGAUUUCCUGAAUAUUCCUGUUUAUUUAGAGAACCGGUUUAGUCGGCAGAGUAUGUGUGUGGAUGAUCUCAGUACUUUUUGUUUUUGUAGCCAGUUUUAACUUUAAAACAGUAUUAUAUAUAUUUUUUAUUUUUUUAUCUCAAACCUGGUGCUUUGCAUGUUCUCGCUUUGACUGAAACGAACUAGGCUACAUUUAAAAUGAGUUAAAUAAAUAUCAGUCGCAGAUUUCUUCACCGCAGCUCCCCAAAAAUACGUUAAAAAUAUUGAAAAAAUUUCACCACUGUGAAAUCAAGCAUUUUAGUCAACAGUCACAAAAAAGGCCACGAAGUCCUGAUGGGUCUGAGAGCGUAAUCUCUUCUAGUGAAGUGGACUCAGCGCAGUAUUAUUUAAUGUUAAAAAUCAUCAAACCCAGCAGAUUUUAUAUAAGGCACUACGAAUGCAUUGAUCUGUCUAAUAUCGUGAUACAUAUCGUGCAGUGAAAAUUCUUUAAGUAUCGUGAUACGAUACUUUUUGCCGUAUUGCCCACCUCCAGCAUGUGGUGACCCACCUCAGCUGUGAACAUUCUUGAUGGUUUGAAGUUGUUUCAGUUUUUAAUUUUAAACACAUUCAGUUACGUGUAAAAUCAUUCACCCGUGUGAUUCAGCGUGAGCCACGUUGUGAUUGUACACAGUCCUGCUUUCAGACUUUCCAGCGGUUUAAAACCCCAGUCAGGCGCCGAAACAGCAGCUCCAGCUUCACUAUGCAUAUCGUCACUGUCGUAUCGUAACCUUGUACUUUCUUGGUUUUAAUCUCGAUCUCCAAGCCGCCCUUAACACUGCGUGAGCACUUCGUGAUGAACGGACCAAUAGGAACUUGGAAUAACAUCUCGUUACAUUAACGUACGUUAAAGUUACGAUUCAGGAGGUACGAGGUUUUGAAGCGACAGUGAGGAUAUUUUGUUGCAGUACCAAAAACUGACCCUGCAGUUCUGACUGGGGCUUUAACGGUCACCUCAGGUCCCUUUUCAGCGUUACUGAAACAUUUAACUGACCUUUUUCUGUCUUUGACACACUUCAGCAACAGCGGCUACUUCACUCUUUAUUAGAGAACAGAAGGGAAGACUCGUCCGGCGCUGUUAGCUGUAACGGUUAUUUUCCGAUGGAGGUUUGAUCUGUAUGAUGUCACUAGAGGUCACUCUGUUUUCAGUUUUAUUUGAAACAUUCAAGCAUUUUUUUUUGGGUUUGUGAUCCAACUUUGAGUUUUAUUUGAGGUGAGACUGUAGAGUUACUUUCAGUUUAACUCAAACGUAACGUUUGUCCCGUCUUUUCACUACAAAACUGUCAAAACUGGUCAAAUCGGAGCCCCUUUGCUUCUAUGCACCUGCUAUGGUUUGUUUUUUUUGUUGUUUUGUAAUUUAUACGUUGAAAAGACAACGUUAAGAAACAGUUAUUGAAGUUUUUAUGUUGUCCUGGUUUUAUUUUUAUUUUUUUUAAAACAGCACUAUUUUUUUGUGUAUGCUAUUUUUUUAUUGUAAUUAAAAAAACGAGAGCUAUGUUACUAACGAUCAGCAAAGAUUGGCCCCGUCUGUUUCUACACCUCUGCCAGUAUUGUUAAAAGCUGUUAAAGGGAAAUUUUUGUUACUAUUUAUAUUUUGUCCUUUUGUCCUUCGUUUGUUUCUUUUUUGUCAUUUCAUGCUUGCCUCAUUUCAGGCAAUGCAAUUUUUUGUCGUAAAAUACCAUAGGAAUAAAAAAACAGUAGUAAUUUAAAAGCACAAAUAGACCUAUUUGUCCAGUUAAAAAUGAUUUUAAUAAUUAUUUUUAUGGUUUCUGAUAUCAAGCAGGACAUUUCUACUACUUCAGCUUUUUAGCCAAAAUAUUAUUAUUAUUAUUAUUAUUAUUGUUAUUAUUAUUAUUAUUAUUAUUAGGAAGGUAUUACUGAUGUAUACAGUUGGGAAAUUAAUGUUUUAAUGUAUGGAUAAUUUGUAAAUAUUGUUUACAAGACCAUGUGUUUAUUAGAACUACAUUAUUUUUGGUAAACUAUGUACAUAUCCUGAAAUAUUUCUUGUUUGUGUGAAGAACUUCUGUAUUUGUACCUAUUUUGUAAAGGAAUAAAUAAGCUGUUUACUAAACUUAA